UCAGCGUAACGAGCAAAUAUGGCCGCCGAAGGCGGCCAUUUCGCGAGUAUCUGUAAUUGUAAUUACGAAAACAAUUCCGUUAAAACAUAUACCAUAGUUUAUCAUCAACCGUGUAUCUUUAUAUGUACAAUAAUUUAUCAAUUGAACAGUCUGUAGCUUUAUCAAACAUGUCUCAUGCCUGUCUUUUAUCAUUUGUUUGUACGCAGGAGGGACAAAACUACUUUAGAUCUUCUUGGAGAAGACUGUCUGAUGCUGGGAAGGUUAAUCUAUACACUGGGAACCAUCAUGGGUGCGAGCAAACAUGCCCCUGCUGCUCCCCAGAUGGCAGCACAUAUGAUGGAGUUUGUUUGGACACUGAGAUAUCACACAGAGCCAUACGUCCGUCGGUCACUACUGUUUGCCACCGCCAUGGUUAUAGUCAGCAUUCCUGGACACUUCUUGAUGACCGACAUGCAACAGGAAAUGCUUGAAUGUAGGCUUUGGCUGAUUGACAUAGUCGAGCGUGAUGCGGACGCCGAGUGCUCACAGAUGGCAGCACUUAACCUCAGUCUUUUCGAGAACCAUGUCAAGAAGGAAUUGACUAUUAAUGCAAGUCUCCCAACGUGACACAGCCACAGUAUGCAAUGGAGUGGUACAACCCGAGUGAAAGAAUCCACCAACGUGUUCACCUACAGACCAUGGGAGACAAAGGCGAGGACCAGAAAGAAACAAAAUAAUGCCAUUGCUGAUCAUUUAUGUGACACCAAAGUGACAGGGUGCGAAAUUAACGGGAGUCCGGAGUCAAAUACUCCCUGAUUUACUGUCGGACUCCCUGAUUUGA